AUGCCGUCGCCUAUUCUGCAAUCAGGUAUGAUGUCGCCUGUAUCGACGCAAUCACCUCUCAGUCAUCAGAUGCUUUCUCCGCAGCAGAAACCUCAAACGGUUCCAUCAACUGGGCAACAACAGCUUCAAGAUGUGCGUCGGCAAGGUAUAAUGCUUGGACAAGACCAGAUACGGGGACAAUUUUCUCAUACCGUCACUACUGUGCCUUCAAAUAAAAGGCCUAAUGAAAUGGGCAGACAAAUUCAAAGUGUGCCAAACUCACCUGCUUCGUUGGCGAUCUCCACUCCACCUCAAUCUGUACAGGUAAGGUUGAUGUAAUG